AUGCUAAAUUACAAAGUGUAUGACAAUAAGGCAUGGGUAAGGUGGAAAGGAAAAACAUAUGAAUAUGAAAAGAUUUUGGGAUUGUUGAGAGUUAUUGACCUUUCAAGUAAUAAAUUGAUUGGAGAGAUUCCUAUGGAGUUGACAAAUCUUGUGGGAUUAGUUCAAUUAAACUUGUCAUGGAAUAGUUUGAAAGGAAACAUACCUUUGAAUAUUGGCAACUUAAGUAAACUAGAAGCACUUGAUUUCUCACAUAACAAUUUUAGUGGCCAAAUUCCUAUUGGCUUGGCAAAAAUGUCUUCUUUGGCAUAUUUGGACUUGUCAUAUAAUCAUUUGUCAGGAACUAUCCCCACAAGUACUCAAUUACAAAGCUUCAAUGCUUCUUCAUAUGUUGGAAAUGAUGAUUAUGGAUUAUGUGGACUUCCUCUCUUGACUAAAUGCCCUGGAGAUGAUCAUCCAAUUUUCAAGGAUGAUGAUGAUGAUGAUUCAGAUUUUGAUGAUCAAAAAUGGUUUGACAUGUCAUGGUUUUACAUUGGACUUGAAGUUGGAUUUGCUUUGGGUUUUAUUGGAGUUUGUGGAGCUUUGUAUCGAAACUCAUUCUUAUUGGAUGCUUGCUUAUUUUCGGGGUGCUUCAAUCAAUUUGGAGAUUGGCUUUAUGUGAUGAUUCGGAUUUCUAAAUUGAAGAGAUACUUAUUUCAAAGUUGAAUGGUUAGUAUUUUCUUCUUCUUCUUCUUUUAAUUAUUACAAAACAUAAAUAAUUAAUUAUAACUAAUAUUCCUUAAUUUGACUAUAUAUUUACUUGAAUGGUUAGUCAUUUGGAUUUGCAACGUAUGUAUGCAUGUUAUAAGUUGAGAAUUAAUCUGAUCUAUUUUCUUAUUGAUUUGUGUGAGAGAUGAACAGGUAAUGGGUUGUGAAAAGAAGAUCAUGAAGACAAGUGUUUGUGUAGUCUUAAUUAAUUAGUAGUGUCAUUAACAAAAUGUAACCUAAAUGAUCAUAUUUUGUCAAUUAGUCAAUCCUUAAUUUAGGCUUGCUUUAUUACCUAACACCCACUAUUUGACUUGGUGGGGGUAAUAAUAUAUGUACAAUUAGUCAAAGCUUCUACAAAAGUGUUUCUAUAUCAUUUUCUUCUAUUUACUUAGUUAUAUAUAUGAAUCUAAUAA